CAAGAACACCCCUCUCCUUGAAAACGAGCAUCCUCUCUUUAAAAAUAUAAACAAACACAGCCAGCCAGCCAGCCCGCCGUCAAGCCCAUCAGGCUUAUUAUUAUGCUGAUUUCCCGCUUAGACAUAAAAUCAAACAUUUGGCGUGCAUUUAGCCUUACCCACAAAUCACUUUUCUCUAAAACAACAGCAGCAGUUUCAUUCACAACUGUCUCUGCUUCACAAAACCAACAAGAAAACAACAAGAGGAUGAAGUACGUGCUAGUAACGGGUGGAGUAGUGAGUGGACUCGGCAAGGGCGUUACUGCUAGUAGUGUUGGUGUUGUUCUUAAAGCUUGCGGCCUUCGUGUUACUUCUAUUAAAAUUGAUCCAUACUUGAACACAGAUGCUGGUACAAUGUCUCCCUUUGAGCACGGGGAAGUUUUUGUGCUUGAUGAUGGUGGAGAGGUUGAUCUGGAUUUGGGUAAUUAUGAACGCUUUUUGGAUGUAAGACUUACUAGAGACAAUAACAUUACUACUGGAAAGAUUUAUCAGUCUGUUCUUGACAAGGAGCGUAGAGGCGAUUAUCUUGGAAAAACUGUCCAGGUAGUCCCACAUAUUACAGAUGCAAUAAAGAAUUGGAUAGAGUCAGUGUCUGUUAUACCUGUAGAUGGAAAAGAGGGUCCAGCUGAUGUAUGUGUGAUAGAAUUGGGUGGUACUGUAGGUGACAUUGAAUCGAUGCCCUUCAUAGAAGCUCUGCGACAAUUGUAUUUCUCACUUGGAGAAGAUAAUUUCUGCCUGAUUCAUGUGAGCCUAAUACCUGUAUUGGGUGUUGUGGGAGAGCAAAAAACUAAACCUACACAACACAGUGUGCGGGAACUAAGAGCACUAGGCUUGACUCCCCAUUUCCUAGCAUGUCGUUCUGCAGAGCCAUUACUGGAAGCUACAAAGCAAAAGCUUUCACAAUUUUGCCAUGUUCCUGUGGGCAAUAUCCUUAAUAUCCAUGAUGUUCCAAACAUUUGGCACAUUCCUCUCUUACUUCAGAACCAAAAUGCUCAUAAUGCCAUUUUAGCGCAAUUAGACUUGCACAGUGUAGCUACUCUACCUAAUUUACAAGAGUGGACUAAUAGGGCUCAGAAAGUUGACGGCCUCAAAGAUUCUGUGAGGAUAGCUAUGGUUGGGAAAUAUGUUGGCCUCACAGAUUCAUAUCUGUCUGUCGUAAAGGCACUUCUUCAUGCAUGCACUGCUUGUUCAUUGAAGCCGGCAGUUGACUGGAUUGCAGCUUCUGACCUCGAAGAUGAGAGUGCGAAAUUGACACCAGAACUUCAUGCUGCAGCAUGGAAGACUCUAAAGAGUGCAGCAUGUGUUUUGGUCCCUGGUGGAUUUGGAGAUCGUGGGGUGAAAGGAAUGAUAUUGGCUGCUAAUUAUGCCAGAGAAAAUAAAGUUCCAUAUCUUGGGAUCUGCUUAGGAAUGCAGGUUUCAGUAAUUGAGUUUGCUCAAUCAGUGUUGGGUCUGGAAAAGGCAAACAGUUCAGAAUUUGAUGCUCAGACACCCGAUCCUGUUGUAAUUUUUAUGCCAGAGGGCUCAAGAACACACAUGGGAAGUACAAUGAGACUUGGUGCUCGAAGAACGUUAUUUCAGACCUCUGAUUGCAUCACUUCAAAGCUGUAUCAUAAUCAUAAGUAUGUGGAUGAGCGGCAUCGGCAUAGAUAUGAGGUGAAUCCUGAGAUGGUUGACAUGUUAGAAGAAGCUGGCUUAAAAUUUGUGGGGAAGGAUGAAAGUGGUCAGCGAAUGGAGAUUGUAGAACUUCCUAAUCAUCCAUUCUAUGUGGGGGUGCAAUUCCAUCCAGAGUUCAAGUCACGCCCUGGGAGGCCUUCAGCUCCAUUUUUAGGUCUUGUAUUAGCUGCAACAGGCCAGUUAGGUGAUUAUCUUAGUCAACAACAGAAUGGAAGUUUAUAACCAACUGCCGAAGUUCAUUGCUCAAUAUACUUUAAAGGUACUAAGAGUGGUAGACGGAAAUGAUCCACAAUGAUUUUGGAAAAAUUUCUUUAUAGAAUGCAUACUAUGGAGAAUUUGAUUACUGAAAGCUUUACAGAGAUCCUGCAAAGUUCGGUCAGAUUUCAAUACUAGCACAUCUGCAACUAAUCGAAUCUCGCUUAUCUGAUUUGGACCCGACUUUUCCUUUUUGAUAAAUCCAUUUCACAUUGUGUUAUUCAUAAGUUGGAUGACUGGCAAUCAAGUAGGAGUAAUGUAGAUUACUGAAUGAGCUGUAUAUGGGCAAUGAUUGGUUAAUUAGUUCAGAUAUUCUAACUUUAAUGCA